CAGUUCAAGUGUCUCUGGGGGGUUCUGUGUGAAGCAUGUCUUUGGGUAGCAUGGGAACAGCCGGCUCAGUCUGGGAAAGGAAGCAGGCUGUCCAUUGCUGUUGCACAAUCCAAUUAGCUCUGAGUUGCACCGAUAAGAAAACUGGACCAGAUCACACAGAGGCUUUUUGUGACCAGUUGUGCAUCUGUUAGUUGGCUGGUAAACCAUUUGAAGCAUCCUCAGCACCUUGUGCUAAUCAAGGCUUUUUCACCAGGGAUCCACAAGGAAACAAUACUGCUUCAAACAGCGUAACGUAAAAGCUGGGAUGGUGUUGACUGCAUACUUGCUGGCACUUAUGUUCAUCUGGACAGAAAUGUCAGCGAAAAUUGUUGUUCAACCAUGUAACCGGCACAUGUUUGAUAGCGCCGUUGACAACUGCCUAUCAGACUUCAACAAGAGCAUGGAGACAAGUGGCUAUCAGGACAGCUGUCCAUGGCCCACUGUAAAACGCAUCUACAACCAACUGGAGAUUUGCGUGGACGAUUGGGCAAAAAGGUCUUGGUGUAGGGGUCACGGAUUUCUGGUAAACACGGCCUUCUUGGAGGUUCAUAAGGUGUACUUUAAGCUUUGUGGACAGGUCCACGACCCCCCGCUCACUACUCUCAUUCUGUUAAUAGCCCCUGUUAUCAUUGCCACACUCCUCCUGCCAAUUUUCUGUGUUCCUCUCACCACCUGGAACUCAGAUAUGACCAGCACUUUGGGGCUCUGAUACGCUGAGCUGACAAAAGAUAAUUGCAGGAUUUUUCAGCCUAGGUCACCUUAUUCUCAUAAUUGUGGCCAUUCUGUCAGUGGGUCAUGCUAACUUUCAGCCCGUUCUCACUCCCAACUAGUCAAAUACCGCCGCUUGGUGUUCGUGUGUGACGAGUUGGGAUUGAGAACAUGUCGUAACUUUGCACUCACCACCUGUGGUGUAGAGAUAUCAGGAAAUGCGGACUCCAGCAAAACAACAUAUAGAACAUAAGCUUUUUAAAUAAACCUCAAUUUUACAAAAGUUAGUUAUGAACUAGGGCUGUCAGUUGAUUCAAAUAUUAAAUUGUGAUUAAACGCAUGAUUGUCCAUAGUUAAUCGUGAUUAAUCACCAAUUAAUGGCAAUUUUUUUAUCUGUUCAAGA